GCUAAACGACGAGCCUCGAUCAGAGGGCUUUGACUUAGUGAAUUGUACCGCCUAUAAAAGGGGUGGCACCCCUCAUUGUAAUGGACCCGAAUUUUGAAAUCAAUAUACUCCUACUUUGUACUCUCUCUCUCUCUAAAACUUAUAUUAUUUCAUACUCUCGGUGGUUUAUAGCCAUCAAAUUGGUGCUUUCAUUGAGAGCAGAGGAACAUACUCGUAGGUUAACUCUCGAACGCGAGAAUGGUGCAAACAAGGAGCAACGUCCCCACCACCAGCCACGUCGUUGGCGAGGAGAACGCGCCAGGCAGCGGCAAUGGUACGGGCGGCAUCGGUUCGACUCCGGACGCGGUCCAGGCGCUGUUCGGCUUGGGGGUGACCGCGGAGCAGCUCCAGGCAGCCGUUGCGGCACUUCCCGCCAUGGGUGGGAACGUGCCCGGCGCCGGAGUUGGCAAAGCUCCGCCCAAUCGCCAUGCCGAACACGUUGCCACUUCCCAACACAAGGGGAAGAAGACCCGGAGGAGUAGAAGGAGGCCCGGAAAGGCCCCGGCAAUCGAGGAGGUGAUUGUGGAGGAUGUACCGGAUGAGGAGGACGAUGAGUCCAGCGAGUGCCGAGUGUCAGCCUUCAGGCGCUUAGGAGGGGAAAAGACCCGGGUGUCGGCCUUCGACAGGCUCGACCGCGGACCGGAAGUUCGCCCGGGCGACCUCCGCCGACAAAUAGCCGAAGGCAGGCGGAGGCAUGCUGAGGAGUCCGCAACAUCGGAUGCUCGCUCGGCGAGGUCUGAGCGGAGCGGAGAGAGGCGGGAGGAGCGCACCCAGCGUCGCCAUAACCCGACGAGAACUGAGAAGACAAAGGUCUCUGACCAAGGAGUGUCUCGGCUCGCACGUGAGGUUGCCGAGCUUAAGCGCCGAGUGGAGACCAGGGCUCCCUACAGCCAGCCCAUCUUGCGGACGGUAACCCCGUUCACUCCGAGGGUUAUGUCGGUCCCGCUGCCGGCAAACUUCCGGCCGUGGCAGAUCAAGGCCUACAACGGAACGACGGACCCCCAAGAUCAUUUGUCUAAGUUCUAUGCUUCUAUGGAAGCGGCGGCUGCCCCGGACGAGGUCAAGUGUCGAUGCUUUCUCGCGACGCUGGAGGGCUCCGCGUGCGAUUGCACUAGGGCUGACAUCGGGCUUGGACGUUCCUGCCCGGCCCAGAGCUCCACUCGUCCUGCUGCCCGGCUCUGCGCUCCGCUCGUCCCUCCUGCUCGGCUCGGCCAGCCAAGCCGAGCCCGAACCCCGCGACAACGACGUGCGGAAAGCGACGUUCAACAAAGACUUGGUGAAAGCGAUAGGAUGAAAGGGACAAGACCUAAGGACAGGUGACGUCCGCUAAACGACGAGCCUCGAUCAGAGGGCUUUGACUUAGUGAAUUGUACCGCCUAUAAAAGGGGUGGCACCCCUCAUUGUAAUGGACCCGAAUUUUGAAAUCAAUAUACUCCUACUUUGCACUCUCUCUCUCUCUAAAACUUAUAUUAUUUCAUACUCUCGGUGGUUUAUAGCCAUCAGAGGUAGUUCAUCAUAGCACAUCAAAUCAGAUCUAAUAAAAAUUCCAAAUUCAUAUGUUUGAUGAUUUUUAGACAAAAUGAAAUUUCAAAAUAUUU